AUGCUUGACGCCCAUUGCCACUUCAGUCCGGCGUUUAUCGGCACCUGGUUCAGGCCGGACCACGUCUAUCUCCUGAACGCCACAGAUCCGACUCAGUUCGAAGACCUUGCCGAGUUCAGGAGGAUCCAUCCCCUCUCUGUACGAGUCGGGUACGGAGUGCACCCGUACUACCUGCACAUGCACCCCGAUCUUGCAGCGACACUGGCUGAAGUCAGAGCAAGGCUGGCUGCGGACCAGACCGCGUUUGUGGGGGAGAUAGGCCUGGACACUCGGCCGGCCGCGCUGGCUGACUCUCCACUGGACACACAGACCCGCUACUUUUCCCCGCAGCUGGAGAUGGCCUUCGAGAUGAACAGGGACUGCAACGUCCACAUCAUCUCUCGUAAGCCUGGCCUCUGGCCUAUCUUCACGGAGCAGCUGGAGGCCAUGGCCAGGAAGUAUGCCAGCUACAAUCGCAGCAUUAUAAUGCACUCCUACAACGGGACCCACGAGACAUUCCGCAAGCUGCAGGCUGCCGUCUCUACAUGCCACGGACGCGUGCUCCUUUCCGUGUCCCACUUCACAGAGGCAAACAAGGCCACCCGGGCGUGCAUACGGAAGUCUGACAAGGAGUGCCUGCUUCUGGAGACGGACUGGUACCGCGAGGACCAGGACGACUGGGACAGGUCAAUGGCGACCGCGAUUGAGGUUCUUGCGUCUGAGCGCAGCCUAUCCAGGGACGAGGCGCUUUCUCUUGUGAGGGACAACUGGCGCCGGCACGAGCUGCUGCCUCCUGGUCUCAGUGCUGCUCAGUUGGGCAUGUAA